CGGUCGCGGCGUAAACUGGACUACAUCAAGUCCAGUUUGGUGACCGCAUGCAGCUGUGCUUGGAUACAAUGAACUACAAUAUUAAGUAAAUAAGCACCAGCAGUCGUUCUAGAAGGAUCAAAGUAUUUACGGCUCUUGCCUACGGUUAAGCUGCGCUUGGAUGAUUUGCAUCAGUUAAGCCGUAUGUUCAAGGACUCAAAGAAGAAGUAAGUGAAUUGUUAAUUAAGUUUUGAAUUUAAUGCGGCUUUUACUAACACAGUCUUUAAAAGGCAUCUCUUAAUUUUAGUUGUCUCGCGAACCACGUGAUUUAGCAUUAAAGGGACUACAUCAGAAGGAUAUUGCUGUUUUCAGCCUCUGUACAGACCCCCCCUUCCCUCAGGAAAAAUCGGAGGAGGGCUCUGUAUACAGGCUAUGCGGUUUUCAGCUAAUUCUGUGCUGAAGCCAUUAUUUGUUAGUUAGUGCUUUACCCAUGCAUGCACAACGGGCAUAACACUAUAAAUAUCCUUGCCAUCCUUAGCAAUAGACGACAUGUACAGGAAAUAGUUUUAAUGUCUAAAUAUAGACUUUUAAAGCUAUAUUUAGGUAUAGAAUGGCAUAGAAUUCCAUAUGGACUUUUUUUUUAGUCUAUAUAUAGGCAUAAACAAUCGAUGAGUACCCACGCUAUGGGUUUUUAAAAACAUAGCAAAUCUAUCUAGCAAACACGGUGACUUCCUAUUCAUGUGCAUUUAUUUCGCUUCUCUCGAUCGUUAUAUUAACACUUUUUGAAAUAAUUUGGUGAGUAGAAUAGCUUUUGUACAAUUUUGAUUUCAGAUCGAAUGAAGACAAUAUUCUUUUAUACGAUCGCGAUUUGUACUUCCAUUUUUAAUCUACCAUACAAGUUUUCCUGCUCAGCUUUUAAGCCCUCUUUACCCUACGCUUCGCUUUUACGGCUUAAACAGCCUGAACUGAAUAGUACAGGUUUUUUUAGAGGAAUUUUCCAUUUUGAAAAGAUAGUUAGCAAAAUUAUAGUAAGUAGACUAAACAGGGGAAUGCAUACCAGUCAGCGUUGCCCUCAUUAUUGCGAAGUCCUUCGUUUUUUUUCCCUUAACAUUUUAGUAAUGAGUAAGAGGUAAGUUAGGGAGCCAAUUACCAGAAGACCUGUCCCCCGCUCAUUCGUUUUCUAUUCUAAGUGGUCUCCACCCCCACCCCCGGAAAUUUAUUGGAGGAAGUUUUUAUGCAAAUUUUCACUCAGUAAAUUUUUAAAAAGAAUGGAAGUUCACAACGGCGGGAGUACUACUAAUGUUGACCACAUUCAGUCUAGAGCUGUCCCUGGCAGCUUUUUCUAUCACUGAUCAGCCGUCAUUGAUGUUUCAGCUGGUAAAUCAUGCCAUCACGUGUGAGUGAACUGAACGUACUGUAUUCUUCUAAUCAGUAUAUAGAAGCAGGUGUACUCAACUCAUCCAUUCGACGUUCGACAUCUCGGCUAUUUAAUGUGAUCGCUUCUUCACACCGCGAACGCCAUGAACCUACUCAAUACUUACCAGAAAACGACCAUAAAUAAGUUUUUCUUUUUUCUCUUUUUCAAUUGGCCUUUUUAUAGCAAUUUCUCCUCCAAAUUCAUAUGACAAAAACCCUUACUGAUUUCCUCCUUCCGCCACUGAGGAAGUCACUUAAAACAGCCAGGUUAUAUCCUUCAAACCUACGUAGUUUUCCUCGAUGAACGACUGUUCGGCCAUUUCUGUACACAUCAAACAUGAUGUACACUGAUUUUCUCCCCUGAACUAUCGACUUCAAAUACCUUGCUCAAUAGUAACGUUACACUUUCGGUGUCAAUGCUUUUCGCUUCGAUCGUCUUGGCAAGGGUAGCUUUGUUUUUGUUUAGAAGUGUACUUGGUGUGAACUCCCCGUCCCCCUCCCCCACCAAACCACAGGAGUUAAAACAUUACAGCAGUUACCUUCAAUUAAGCAAGACGAUAAAACAUCUUGCAACACCCUUACAGCUGACCCUUAUUUGGAGUUAGUCGGCGGAGAGCUAGAGCAAGUUGACUUCCGCCCCAAAAUUAGCAUGACCAAUCCUUUCUCGGGCGUUUUGUACACAGACUAGGUCGAGGGCGAGAUACGGUUCUAAUUUCAAAGGCUGGUAUGUCUCGGCUGGCAAGUGAGCUUUGGGUUCUCAGUGACUUGAACAGUACUUUAUUCACUUGAAGCCCCGGCGUUUCUAGUUCUAGCAUUUCCGAUGCGGCAUUUACUUGUGGGCGGCGUUUGCCAGGUUCAAAGUCGUAUUUCAUAAAUCGACUGACAGCAAUUAACCAAAGAUAAACCAUUUGUAUGUAAAUAUCAUGUCAAAAAGACACAUUCAAAGAAUAACUGUUUCAAUUUUUCUCUGAGACGGAAUGAUAAUCGUCGAAUUUGUGACUAACUUUCCUUUAUAAUCUUAAUGAGAAUAAAUGCGGUAAUCUUGGGUGAGGCGUUUAUUCAUGGGCUAAGCCAUGCCAUUAGCAUGUAGGCUUUCCGUUUCUGGACUUUUUGGCGCCAAUUCUUUGAGCCUGACUGGUAGAUGCUCAAAAGUCGGCGGGAAAAGGUUUUUCUGUCGAGAUCAAAGUUGGGGAUAAGGAUAAAAGAAAGGCCUCUAACACUUCACUACUGGCCAUGGCUACGUUGGCUGAAACAGUUUAUUCCACCAGUUCUGGGUUGUCGGAAAUGCCGGUGUGAUCAUUCGAAUGACAUAACUUCGCCAUCCUACCUUCAUGCGGUAGUGAUGGUACCGGUUUGAAAGAAAUUUGGGAUUUGCAUGCAGUACUAAGCUCGCCUAUAGUCUCUUGGCUAAUCACGGCCUCCUCCUUGACAUCAUUUUUGGAGUUAUAAGGUAUCUCCCGUAAGUUAAAUACUUAGGUAAAUUACAAUCACAAAGUGUUCAUUAAAAGCAACUGUACUGUAACUCGGCCUAAUCAUGUAGUACAGUGACCAAAUCAUAGAAAUUGAUACAAUAGUUGCAUAGCAAGCGGAGAAUCAGAAUGGACUGGUGCUUUUCAGGGCGCGAUAAAUUCUGCCAGCUGUGUACAGGGAAUAAAUGAACGAAAUUAAGGGAAAUAUUAUUUAAUCUUUACUCUUUUUCACGUAAUCCAUGCAGCAGGGCCUUGGUAACGAAAUGGAAUAAUCCUGACCAACCCUGAUCUUUAAAACAAUUAUUAAUAAGCAAUAUUACGAAAGCACAAGGAGGCCUAAAAACGAGCAAGUAUUUAGUAUUGAUUGAACGGAUCUUGCAGUGAUACAUCUGGCAUCCCCGCAGAUUUUGCAGGGGCGAAUGUUAUCAUCACUAACGUCCAUGCAAGCGGAUAGAGGGCCUGGAAUCAAGAAUGGUCAAUCUUUCAACUUCGUUCCCGGCGCUUUUCCCUUAUAAAGAACGAGAUUGUCGAUCUGUACACCGUAUUAUAAGAUCUUUGUAUUUAGACAUAGGUUUUUUUCAAGGACACCUCGUUGUAGGGACUAUAUAUUUGUCACCACUUGGUAACGUCCUCAGCCGAUUGGCACCAGACUGAAAAAUGGCACCAAGUAGUCGAUCAUUAGUUAUGGAUAAUUACUGGAAAACGCUUAAGUUUCUGAGAAAUUUGUAUUGUCCAAACAAAACACUCGCUCUGCCUUGUGACAUUUAAACUAAGCUGAAAACCUUGCCUGAACUUAUUAACUCUGUUGAUUUUAAACCGACUGUUAACCAAGUGAGAAAGGCUGGCCUUGAGUUGUAAGGCUACAUUGUGCUUUACAGAAACAAAACAGGUGAGUGAAGUUUUACCGACAAAACGGUUUACUUUUGAGUAAAACUAUGUAUAUAGGUGCUAUCAGAAAAGAUUUGUUGAGCGCACCACUGCAUGUGCUCGACAAACGAGGCUAUCGCCAGAUUCUUACAUCUAAACAGUGGUUAGAUAAUAUUUGUUCUCAUGUCUAGAGGGAAACGAGAACAAAUUAUUUUUACUCAAGUGAACAGUCAGGAAUAGGCAUGCAUUUCGUUUGUUUGAUAGGAGAACUACAGUAAAGCACUGUGGUUAAAAUGACCUACAAAUAAUUCACGUACAAUUCAUAACACAUGAUAGCCGAAACUCUCUCAAUCUCGAAAUCUGUAGCGGACUUAAUAUAAUAAAAUACAACCGAUCAACUGCCGACACACUGUACUAAACAAAGGUAUAUGAGAAAGAAUUAAAGGUGAAAUCUAUUCAUUCUGAACGAAAAAGUUAUUAAGAAAGAUCCGAAAAACGCUAAAUAAUCGACUUACGUCAUCACAGAAAGGGAAAAACACGACUUCAUGAACUGGUUAACUAAGACAACUAACAAAUAUGGGCAGGUUAAAAUGUUCAACUUAUCUUUGACAGUGUUCUUUGCGAGACAAUUAUUCUGGUACUAUAGUUCAAUGUUGACAAGCAAUUUAUUGUGUUACCAGUCAGGUAUAGUAUUCUUAUAAGUCUUGGUCAGUGUUGAAAAUAAGUAUUUCCGCCAUUACUUUCGAAUAUCUGAUAAGCACUACCUAGUGGUUAUGAUAAAAUUAGCCUAAGGAGUUAACAUUUUGACUACUGUUACACAAGGCACCUCUCUUGACUGAAGUUAAACCAUUAGUUUUGGGUUUUGCUUGUUAUUUCACUUCAUAAACAUUUUUGUUCUAAUGGCUCUCAGUGCAGUGCCUUUUUUCAAAUCAUGCUUGUUCACAUCAUGUUCAUAUCGCGUGUACGCUCAGUCGGCUGACUUGUGUUGUGGCGAGUUGUUAUGACUUUUGGAAGCAACUUUGAACGAGGCAAGAAAAAAAAAAAGAAAAGAAAAGAAAAAAGAAAUAUAAUAAGAGGAAAAUGAAACGAGGUUUUAAUAAUCGGCAAUCCUUAAUCCUUAAUUAAUCGCGUAUUAUAAAGGAGAUUGGGAGAAUACCUCGCGCGCUCAGCGUCCGCGUCUCAGGAUUCGAAGAGAACACUCCAGUGCCAAGACUAAACGAAUGCCGAGUGAGUUCUGAAUCAAAACAAAGCGUAUUUCCAAGCAGUCUUUCCAGGUCCUUCUUCGAGAAAUGAACCAGAGACGGAGAUCGAGAAUUGACCAGAAAAGACACUGAGGACUGCUUCAAUGUUCAAUGGGAGUAAUUCAGCUAAUUUAUCAGUGUUUACUCACACAACAACGUAACCUUUAUUUGGUCGAAACCGUUCCAUAGUCAUAGAUGCGAUACACUACUAUUUAACACACGUGGGACCUUCAGCUGACCAAGGAGCCGGAGGUUUCGUCCGAGCUACUGCCAGACUUCGCAGGCCCCUUUCUUCUAGGGUACAAGGGUAUCCAACCCAAUCACCGCUGACCAAUUUCACGUCUUCUUUGAUGUGGUUGGCAUUUUUAAAAUACACAAUACGAAGACUUCGUUUCACGACGCGCGAAAUAUUUUUGGUGCAGCUUCCUAUUCUCUUGUCAUCCUCGGAAACCCAGGGGCAAUUAGUCGGGACGAUACAAUGUUCGUGGUGAAAGCUUACUAUGCUAUGGCCAUGGGCGCUGUCGAUUUAGUCAAAAUUUCCAGAAUUUCCGGUUCGGCGGUAAACUGAACACGUUUCGUCGGUUCGUCCCACUGGAAAAUUCCCAGAAAAAGUGGAAAAUCUAAAAAGGUAGGCCCGUUUUUCCGGCUGAAAUUUCCGAACGGAAUUUCGUGUCCCAUUUACACGUUUCUCGGAGUUAAUUGUACCAGUUCCAGGUCCACGGCAAGAAAAUCUGUCACGGCCAGUUAGCAAAUCAAAAUGGCUUCCCUCGAGCUCAUGUAUCAAUACACGGUUUGUUUUUUUUGCUGGCCCCACAGUGGAGGCACUUUUGCACCGCGAGUGCCCUGGCCUUGGAUUAAUUGUUAAGUAUCUAGUAAUGAGUAAUAGCAAUAUUUAUUCAGAGGUUCAUAUUCACUGAAUAGAAUCCCUGCAAUUUUUCUGCUGACACGCUUUUCCCGCCAUUUGCUCUCUUCAGACGCUUCUUCUUUAGAUUCCAGUCGGUCGCCUUCACCCUAUUCUGAAACUAUGACAUCUAACAAACUAACAAACUGGGAAGAUCGUGAUGUCAGGGACUUAAUCACCUCUUAGGCCGAUCAUCCCGUCGGGCACCGUGACGUACCAGGGUUUACGGUGGAACCACUUCAUCCCUUACCAAUCGGAAAUUCCACUUUUGCUCCCACCGAAAUUUCCGUUUUUUUUUCCUAAAUGAAAAGCGCCAUGGGUGAGAUCUUGGUUGCCCCUUGGCACUAAGUUACUCUUACCGAACCAGUUCCAGAAGCGUUUGAAUUGCAUGAAUUGCAUGAAUUGGACUUAGUACGUGAGAAAGCCGGAAUGGCUGUCGAUCUAGUGACGGACCAUUAGAAAACUUAUGGGGGGCGGGGGGAGUACAAAAAAUAUUCGUGCAAGGGAAAAUUAAAUGAAAAAAAAUUCAUGUACACCAAUUAACCUUAAAAAAUAUUCAUGCUACGGCCUAAAAAAAAUUCAUACAAGGAAUUUGAUAACGAAAAAAAAUUCCUGCGGCUCAAAAAUUCUCCUCCCCCCCGUAACUUUUCUAAUGGUCCGUCCCCUAUCUUUCCCUAUUCCUCAAUAUUUCCUAUUAGAAUCUAAUUAAUAGCCUUGAAUGGAAUGUCUACUUUACAAGUGAUGAAAAGGCAAAUCCAAUACAGCUGCAUUUAAAAUGACUGCGUGAAAUGAAAAAUCUCAGAAUUCCGGUUUCAUUAUCUGACUAGAGCUCAUUAGGGACCACUCCUUUCCUGAUCUGUGGAGGCGUGCGUGGCCAAGCGGUUAACACCUCGAACUCUGGAGUUGGAAGUGAGGUGAAAUGUAUAGGAUACGACAGAUGAUAUUGUCUAAGGAGUAACUCACCCCCACCUAUUCAUCGUGUUAUCAACAUCGGUAAAAAAAAAGUCUCUGUGGGAAGCACGAGUUUAUUGCGUUCGUCUCAGUGACCACUACAGCUAGCAACAGGACAGAAUAAACUGGAACAGCAAACCCUCAUUCCCCGCGCCAUUUUCCCAUCCUUGCUUUGGGGCCGUCUAAAUUUCCCAUCUAUUUUGUCCAAGAUUGUAGAACUACUGAAAAAAUUGUUACCUUUCAUAAUCUACUUUCUUAUAACAAGUGAGAGCAAAGUCUCUACAUCGCUGUGUGAUAUCGGAUCUACUACGUCCGUGGUUUUGGCGGCAGUUUUACGCAAGAAGUUUGAGGCGAAAAAAAGACCGGAAAAAGAAAUAUCAAACUCAGAUUAGGUAAAAAAGCAGGGUCGGACUUUCCGUUCCCCAUUUCCGCUCCGAAAUCAUAACGAUUAUUUGACCUACUGGGAGACUAAAGUAGAUUUGUAGUCAUGUCACUAUAUAAUGCAAAAAGCACCGACUGACAUUUUCUAGAUAAUCGUUCAAUUUUUAUCAUCGGCCUCACUGCAGGAAACUGGAGUGUGUUGUUGAUUGUAAGGUGCUUUCGUUCCCUAGUUCGUCGAAAGCCUCUACUGGCGAUCGAUACAAGCAAAAAAGGACAAAGAGUUUCUUAAACGUACUCGAAAGGAAAUCAUUCACCAAAGUAAGCCAAAAUACUCAUUCGUACAUUUUGGAUAUCACCUACUUUAUUUUGUCUAUUUUUGAUCACUAUAAAAAGCUAUCAAAUGAUUAAAUUUAUACGCGGAGACUUGGAUGACCGUCUUACACAUAUUUUUGACAUCGCUUGAUAAGUGAAAAAACUAACUGAUUGUUUUUAGACUUUUCAUUUGAGAGACUGGUUGACUUUUUUUGCUGGUAUACUUAACAAAUAAUGCAUUCAAAUUUUGCCAAAUCUUAUUCUCUCAAACGUCCAAGGGAGCGUUUUGAGCUGCCAUGUUUUGAUGGGUUCGAAACUGAAGUGAGCGACGGUCCCCUAUUUUCAUCUGAGGACGAUUGCAGAUUUCGAGAGAGCUCUGGUCUUGUUUUCGUUCAGUAAGUGGAGCUAAGAAGGGCACAAGUUGUCUGUGUGGACGAAAAUGAGAAGUGAGAUAUGGUACAGUUUUCACGCUUUCCUCUUUUUACAUUUAUCAUGUAAGAAAAUCAAUAUCGACAAUCACAGGGGAAAAUAUAUUGUAUGCAGACUGUGUUAUCUUUUAAGCUGAUAACAGAAAAAUGGCAUGUUAUCAUUCCUUAAGGCAGAAACAUUUACAACAUUCCAUUGACAUAACAUAUCAAGAUGAUAAGACAGAGAGUUCACUGAGUGCUACAUCUGAUUUUCAAUCACCGAGAAGCGGCUUUACAACUGAAAACAACUUGCAAGGGAUGAUAGAAAGAAGGUAAGAUAAGAUUUUUUUCUUCAAGAAAAUCUCACAUUUCUGAAAUAACCGUCGAAUCAACUUCUGUUACAUUUUCUGUAAUGAUUGAUAACUAGAAGAAUGACUGACUUUUUUAUUUUCGUGCUCCUUUCAUGUUACGUGAUGAUGGUAAAUGAAAGAUACGAAAGUUGAUUGUGUGCCCUUUUUUCAGCUCUCAGUAUUGUUUUGAUUUGGAGUUUGGCUUCUCUUUUCACUGUCUUUCGCUCUUACAGUUUAAAAAUUACUUUUAUUAAAACAACAAUAUUCAAGAUGAUGUUGUUUAAUAACCAAGUGAGUCUCGCGUGAGUAUUUGUAAAGUUUUUCCGAAAUGGAAUGUAGUGAAUUUGCAUGCUCUGUGAGGUGCCUGUAACGACGCGAAAGGGAAAAGGGGAAGUCCCUUUACUUUCCUCCCCAAUUCCCUCUCCUUUCUCCCCGCCCUCGAUCUCCCGGUUCCCCUAGCCAUAGACGCCUGACAUGCCACGCAGGCCACCUGAAUCGUCAGUCUUGAUCUCCUCGAUUUUUGGCGGCGAUUGGGAUGAUUUGAACGAUCAUAUGGAACCAGGCUAUAUAUACCAUUUAUUAACCGGGAGUGAGGUCAUUACAGGGAAAUCUCAUAACGAGGCCUUGAUGUAUUGACCGAGGGAUAGCGAGGUCAAUACAAAAAAGCUCACAGUCAUUACAAGAAAAUCGCCCGCUCAGCAGCCAAUCAGAGCGCGCGUACUACUGUAACCAUAUAAUAUAUGGACUUCAGUUCUAACAAGCCAGUUGCAAUUGCUCUAGUAGUGCGGAUCGUCCCUCAUAGAUUAGGAGACCGGGUUUUUCUGUACUUAACACACACUUUAGCACAAGUCGGGAAAUCGAGACGAUCGCUCGGGCGAUUAUAUGGAAAACAGGCUUUAAUCUAUCCUAGGAACCCCCAAAGCAGGCGUUUUUAGGGAAGUCGUAUUUGUGGGCAGGAGGAAAUACCACUGCCCUAAAACCACCCGCGUGGGAAGCUAUAAAAUAUUCACUAGUGCAGAAUGAACGUUUUGAUCAUUUUUAUCUUGCCUUGGUGCCAGUCGCUAGAAAUGACGGGUGGAAAGGUGAAUCUUAAAAGUAAGUGGGCGUCUCUCGAAAAGACUUCGCCUGUGUAUGGGUUGUUCCUUAAUUGUUAUAGUUGAUAAGAUAUAUUCAUGAUGAAGAGAACACACGCCGGAGCGAAGAUUUAUGAGGUAGUCCCACCAAAUAUCAUGACAACAGAUCCAAAACAACAAAAUUUGUCCAUUUUGGCAAGUUUGGAGGUUCUCGAAAGCGACCUGCACCACCAGUUUGCGUUGGCGACUGUUUUUGUGGUGCAAAUUUCAACUCUUCCAAAAUAAUAUUUUAGACAUUCCGUAUAAAGAGAUCACUUGAGAAAUACUGAGUCUGCUUUGCUACGUACCGGUGCCAAUUGGAUACCGCGACGCGGACGAUGAUAACACUGAGUUUUGUUCUUUUAUUUCGACGUGUGAUGCAGCGUUUCAGUUCUUUAACUAUACUGCGCAACUCAAAGUACACGAGGCACUUCUGGUACUGAUUUAAGACCAGGGCAACUCUACUCAAAAAUUGUAUGCGAUGAAUAUUCUUUAUUGAAUUAAGGUAUGUGUCCGAGUUAUUUACGGUAAGCUUUCCUUGUGGUUUGACUCUAAUAAGAGAGAGUCUCGUCUAAGCCAAAUCAUGGCGUUUUGGGUUGUCGCAUGUGGGAGAUUCGACCAGUGUAUAUUCAAAUUUUUCUAAUAAACCUGUUUCGUGUCCUCUUAAAUGCUUCGCAUAUACGCUGAUAAAAUUGCUUGGUUAAGUCUCAAAGACUCAUCUUAUUUGAGAGGAAAACUCAACUGAAAAUUACUAAGGAACAGUAAACCACUCAUUAAACAGUGAACUACAGGAGGGACCGUAAACGAACCCACACGUCUGUAUGGGAAGGGAAGUCAUAUUCUCCGAUGUUGUGGUCUACCUCUACCUCUGUUAUCGCUUAUGUAGGGGGUUACGAGCAACUCGCUCGGUACACGAUGCGGUACCAGGAAUCUGAGUUUACAUCUUGGUGUUCUUUUAAUCUUCACACCGGCUCAUAUGUCUUGUUUACAGCAUCACUUAACGAAUUCUGCUAGACAACUAACAAAUCGCAACUACCAACUCACUUAAUUAGCACUAUUGGCAACUUAUAUAAGUAAAACGUCGGUACGUUCAGGCUUGCUGACCAUGAGAGUUACAAACGCUUUUCCGAAUGACUUAAACAAAUUUCCUGUUGAUAACCAAAGUGGAAUAAACAAACCCAUAAGAAAACCAAUGAAAGCGUGACAGCUAAACCCACGAGGCUCUUCCUUAAACCAAAACAGGAACUCUGAUGUAGGUAACAAUCAAGGUCAGCGAUGGUUCCAAAACGUGCCCACUUCAAGGACUGAUACUCAAAUUUAAUAAAUGACGAUCAUGUUGAAAAACUACUUUAAAAAGGUAAUAGAAUUUGAAAACCUGUCCACACAAAUACGUAUUAACCUUGAUCUAUAAACUGAUCAUAACAAGACUCUAGUCACGAGUGAAACGGCAUGCAAGCACAAACACGAAAUAAACUUAGAAUAACCUACAAAAUACUUCACAACACUUAUUUUGCUAAUCAUAAAGUAUUGUCUAAUGGGGAACCCCGGUCGAGAAGGAGGAAAACGCUUGUUUCUGAAACCAACGAUUGUUAAAGGAUUCAAAUAAAACUGAAUCAUCUUUGACCUCAUUUAAGUUGCGUGUUUCGUUUUUCCCGUGUGAUCUCCGAGCCGAUUCGGUUUUCCCUGCAGUAACAAACUAAGACUUUUUUGGGGGAGCUAUUUUCCAUGGUUGAGCGAGAGGUGCCUAGAACCAACCGAGAUCUUUAAAUCAAAUGGAUCCUUACUUCGUUUAGGCACAAAUCAUGUUAUUGCUGAUCUUGACCAAAUUCCGUUACGGGCAGAAGUUCGAGCAUUAACUGAAAGGCUUAUUGUCAUAUACAAAUUACAGCCAAUGCUAUUUGGACAACUCACUUCCCUUAGGGUAAGAUUGCCAAACAGAGGAAGGAAGUUCUAAAUAAGCUGAUCUUCGUACCUUUGCAACCUAAAGCUCAUCUUCUAUUCUAAGGUUUUUGUUCCUUUAACAGGCGAGGAAACACCUACAUGGUUUGCUUUAAAAUCACAAAGCUUAGCGAUAUUUUCUAAAUUCGGAAACUUAUGCUUUCUACCUGAGAAACCUCUAAGGCGUAGUAACAUCGUCGUACAAAUCCUUCUACCGGUAUUUUUAAGGUCACUCAUCAAUGCCGAUGGUCAUAUUUCGAGCUUGGGAGACCUGUGCUUAAAUAUACCCCUAUUGCUAGCAAACAACGUCUGCGGAAAUGAAUAACAACAAUUGUAUUACUACUAGGGAUAUUUUUCUCGAAUACCUUUUACAUAGCCAUUUGCUAAGGUCGCUGAUCGGAAGAAAAUAUGAAGUAGAAAAAGUUAAGUUGUAUGGUAGGUGAAAUCAGAAUACAACAGGUAAGUUGAUACUGAAUAUAUUACUAAAUGCUUUACAGUAGACAGUGUUUAUGACAGCAGGUGUAUGAAAUUUGAAACUGAAUUAGAUAGAUAGAUAGAUAGAUAGAUAGAUAGAUAGAUAGAUAGAUAGAUAGAUAGAUGGGGAGAUAGAUAGAUAGAUAGAUAGAUAGUUUAUUAAUAACCGAUUUGCAACUAAAAGUUGAAUUAUACGAUUAUUUACAAAAAAUUGAAUAUUGAUAAUUACAUUAAAAAGACCACAAGUGAUUUAAAACAGCAAAUAAGGACACUAUAUAUAUGUUCUAAAAAUAUAUAUAUAGAAGAGGUUUAAAAAAUCUACUAAAACCGUUCAAGCCUUAAGGGGGUUAAAGGUAAUAAAACUACUACGAAACCUGUUCGUCUUAAAAGCUGGCUUAAACUUCCGCAUAUUUCUUAGGUUAAAGGUACAUGUGUUGCGAGUAGGAAGAAGUUCAUGGAGCUUGUUCUGUUCGUUCUGUAAAACGUUCUUAAAUAGUUUAUCAACUAGUUCUUGGCGGCGGUCUGAAAGUUUAGUUAGACCUGAUUCAUUCAAGGCCUCAUUAUAUGAGCAAAGAGGAAAAAUGAUGCGCAUAGCCCGCUUUUGUACUCCUUCAAGUUCGUUGGAGAGGUACACGAGGAGGCCGUCAUGAAAGACAGGACACGCCGCGUACUCUGUGAUCGGACGAAUACAAGUGCAGAAAAACUGGACUAACUCACGGGUACCAAGACCAGAGCGUUUAAGCUGAGAUAAGCUAUACAAGCGCUUUUUAGCUUUCUUAAUAAUGGAGUCAAUGUGACAAUUCCAUUUCAAAUCAUUGGAGAUGUUAAUGCCUAGUAUUUUGGCACUAGUAACUAAAUCAAUAGGCAUGCCAUUAACAACAACUGGAUCGAAAGAAGUAGGGUUGUUAGUGUUAAAGUUUAUAAGCAGUUACAUAUAAGCUUAAGUUUAUAAGCAGAAUUACUCAGUGUUUUCCCUCAGAUGCCGCGUUUGAACCUCUACGUCUUCACCUAUGGUGAAAUUUUUUAUUAUCAAAGGGCAGUGAGAAAAUUCCUUUCCAUUUUUAAGUAUGAGAUCGCACUUUUUCUCAGUCAAAUUCGUGUCGAAACACUCGCUGAUUCCAGCGUCAGCCGCCAGGAAGUUACUUAUGCAGUAUUAAUAUCUUUCUAUUUCAUUUCCUUACUUAGUUUUCGGAACAGCAGUAUUGUGAAACCAUUUUUUUUAUAACCGACAUCAAACAAAACAGCCGAGUAUACACUAAGUCUUUUUCUUCAGUGUUGCACAGCAAGGAAAAAGUAUUUUAUUUCCAAAUUUCCGCCGCGGAAAUUCAACACGCCAACAUUGCUCGGGGAUAUGUUGGUCGCUUUGAUGAGCGAUGGCGUCUGCAUUUUUGUGAAAGAUAAUUAAAUUAUAGAUUUAGCCAGGGCUGAAAGCGAAGCUUAUUCUUGUAGUUUACUCAAAUACAAAUAACUAAAAUCGUGUUAUGCUAAACGGCGACGGCAACGAGAACCGCUGAAAAAAGCAAUAGGUCUAAUUAGCUAAAAAAAACAACAACAACAACAACUUUGCACUUGCAUUUGCAACGUGCAGCACACUUUUUAGUACAUUUCUUUGCCGUUGUUUUACACUACUACAACGUGAAAUUUCCUAGUUACACGUUGUAUUUAGAAAAUGUCCUAAGUGUUUCUUUUCACUGCCGGUCAUUUUCAUAUUUGUGGCCACUAGUAUUUCUUAUAUUCUCACCGCCGCUUUCAUGUCUUUCUUUCAACGAAAUUCGUCUCCUUUAUUUCUUUAUUUCUCUCCCUAGCUCUUUCUCUGCUAUCCAUGUCAGUGUAGACAUUAAAAUUUAGUGGAAAAAAAAAAGGACUCGGCUUCAACACUGGCUGUCAAUUAAUCUUCACAUGGAUGGAUAUAUCUGACAGACUAUUGACAUUUUCGAUGCCUUAUUAUAGAGCGGGUAGUAAAUUUGACAUUUAUCAUUGGCUUACAUGUAGAGGGUGGACGGACGUACGGACGGUCACGUGAUUACUAAAAUUUCUCGCAUCUUUUGGUUACCAUUUUUUCUUACCCAUGGUGCUCCGCUGUGAGAUCUCCUCUAUUACCGUUUUUAUUUGUGAACAAAAGCCCUAACCGGACUGAUGAUUUCCGUGCUAUCCGGUAUAAUACGGGGUCGUUUAUACGAGGAAAAAUAACACCGUCUUAUAUAAGACGGGUCCUAAAUAAACGGCACAUUUCGCUUGAAAUUUAGCUAAGACGAACAGCUCCUAACACCUGUUCUUCGAUAAGACGCGUCGUAGCUAAGUUCUCGGGUCCCGGAUGUAGUUUUUAUGAAUUUUACGAGUGAUAUAUUUUCCAGUAAAACACUCGUGUCUAUGUAAUAAAUUUAACUAAAUUAUAUUUUGUCAGUCUGACAAAUCUGUUUUUUGGCACUCCAGAGCUUUUUAGAGCCGCAAUCUUCGUCUCAGUGUCCUCAUAACCUUGUAGACAUCACCUCUCCCAGGGCUUACUGCUGACAACAUUCGCUUGAAGCACCAAUUUUGAGGGUUGUUUUUGAGACUUGCUUUAUCUUUCAACAGUUUCGUGUUUGAAUCAUUGAGUGGGUCAAGGUUAGUCUUGAUUUUCUCCUUAUGGGUGUUUUCCUGUUUUGGUCUUUUGGUCCUAAUCGUACUUGACUGUUUAUGCUUAGCUACUGAGUUUACCUUUUUCCUUUUUUGAAAUUCGCUUAUCUUGACCUUGACGGAUUUGUGACUUCGCAGCUGGUGGUGUUUGAGUGGAUAAAGCAGACCUUGGAUUACUUGUCCCGUUGAAGUGCCUGUUUAAGUUUGUUAACCACAUCUGUAACCAGCGUUUUUGUUUUCAAUGGGCUCUUGAUCUCUUGUCAAAGGCAGCAGUGUGCUUUCAACAAUUCCAAAACAUUACCCUCAUCGAGUUUAUCUUGUUUUUGUCCCCACGGUCAGAUUACCCAAGCAUGUUCUCAUUUUGGCUAUUUCAUCAGAGUCGCCACUUUUUGGCUCCUCAGUUAGUUAGUAGUGCAGUUCAGCUCAGUUCAGUUCAGUUUAUUUUCCAGCUGUAUUUUCCUCAAUAUUUUGACUAAUUUUAGGUCACAGACUUUAUAGAUUGAUGUUUACAGUGUAAAAGUAGUAGACGUUAGUAACCGCAAAAAGUCUUUUAUAAAGCUAACAAAGACACUGCAAAGACGCAAAACCAGACGGCUCGGUACUUUUCCGCUUGACGAGCGAGUCGCUCAUAAACUCCCUCCAAAAAGCUUUUAAAGCAAGUCAGUGUCAAAUGACGAAAAAUGAGCGAAUCAUCAUAGAAAGGGAAACACCUAUAAAACUUUCUAACUUUGUUUCCUGACAGCCUAUCAGUCCAGACUUUACUGUCGACAAUUAUUUUCUUAGAAGGUAAAUUUCAACUCUUGGUAUUCUCCAAUUAGCAUUUAUAUCCAGUUGUAUAUCUCACAAGUAAUUAUUGUUCAGUCUUUACUGGUUGUUCAUUCGAGUACAUAGGAAUUAUUCUUUCUUGGUAGGAAAGCAUGUUUUAUUGUACAUGUAUUUUAUAAACUGUGAUAGAAAUAGGGGAAAAUCAGGCUGAAUCUAUGUUUUAUUCAAGAGCCUUAUUUCUUCCAUUCUACAGUACCGAAACAAAAAGACAGUCAGCGGUACCUAAUUAAAAAUUUGGACCAACAGCGCCAUAAACAGGCAGACCAUAAGUGCAAUUCGGUAAAACUAAGGCGCUCAAUAGGUGGUCUACCGUCACCUUGACUAAAACCUUCCUUUCGUAAAGAUCUUAAUACAAACAGACACUUAUUUGCCUUAAUCAACUUAGCACGUACGUGUUCGCUAUGUUUACAAUUCUCCUGAAACGUAACACCUAAAAUGGGCAGCUCCGUGCAUUGCGGAAUGUUAUUAAUUUGCGCGAUAUCCUGAAUAAAACCUUUCUUGCGAAAAAUAAUUUCUUUACAUUUCGACGGAUUACAAAUCAUACUAUUUUCCUUAGACCAAAUUUAAAACUGAUCCACCAAAUCCGUAGGACAGUGGCCAUUACUCCAAACGGGAACAAUGAGAGUAGAGUCGUCCGCCUAUUUAAACAGAGCUGGGUGACUAUCUUUGCUAAUUUCCAGAUCAUUAAUAAAAAUACUAAAUAUCAUAUUUAUUCGAAUAAGCGCCCAACCUCGAAUUAGCGCCCACCUCGAAUAAGCGCCCAUCCUAAAGGCAGAAAAAGUUAAUAAGCGCCCAGCCUCGAAUAAGCGCCCACCCCACUCCACUCCCUCCCACAAAAACUCCAGUAAGAGAUAAUAAGAGACCCUCCCGAAGACGGAGUUUUCUUCAGGGUAUUGUACAGAAACCCUUCGCUUUUUGUUAUUAGCAUUUACUGUUUUGUUGCAAAAUAUACUACUACAUUUGCUGAGAAUGGUGAGAAUUUACUAAGCGCCCAGACUCGAAUAAGCGCCCACUCUCAAGGUCCAAAAAUUUAAUAAGCGCCGAGGGCGGUUAAUCGAAUAAAGGCGGUAAGUACGGACCUCUCACACUGCCCUGUGUAGUGCCCCUGUUCACACUAGCUCUCUUCACGGUAGUAAAUUGACCGUAAUCAUGAUAAAACCAAAUUCCUGUUGUGUUUCACUUCCCCACCGAAGGGACACACGCUACAUUCUCAUUUAAAAAUAACCCAAAGUUGAUACUUUUGACCGCACUAAAGACAACAACCAGCAGAUUGAAAAGUAGCGUUCUUAUAUAGUUUUUGGAAAUGGCAACCGCAGUUUUCAAGGCACUUAACUGUAGCGUUCCACCUCUGUUUGGAUUGUUUAAUUUUGUGGUUCUGCGGAACCUGUUGUCAUUGAUCUAAUUUGUUGAGUGGUGGCCGUUUUCAAUAUUUUGUAUUUUUAAAAAAUGACAGCACAUACCACCACCAGCUAUCGCCGUUGUUCGCUUAUUUACAGAGCCCGCAGGGACAGGUUGUCACGGGGAACUGGGGAGACUGAACGAUGAUUGGUAGUUUAUUAAUAGAAACAAUUCUUCGAUUCUAGGAACCUCUUGUACUUCCGAGAAAGAAAUUACCAUAUUAAAUAUAACGCAAUGAUCUUUUUAUACUUGUUAUAUAUAUAUUUUUUCUACGUUUUGUUUCUUGGUUUUAUUGCUCUUCGUUCCAUCUUUCUAUAUCCUAACAUCGGUAGAGAAUGGCUUUGUCCGAUUUAUGAUUACGAAAACGGAAACGGAAACGGAAGGAAGUAAAGAUUUGGUGAGUUUUUUUUAAAGCAUUAGCAGUUUAUUAAUAUUAAUACGCGACAAAUUAUUUACCCUAUCUAGGCCUUCUCAGUUCAGUGUAAGAUGCCUUUUUUUAAGAAAAAUAAGUAAUUCAGUACUAUUUAUCAUCUGCUACUAGUUAUGAUUGAUUAUUAGUAAUAGUUGUGCAUCUACAUUAUUUUCAGCGUUUGUUCUUAGUGCUCUUUUGAACUUACAAAAUGUUUUAUAUGAUAAUCUAUAAAUUGCUUCGUCCCCAAAUUCUCCCAUUUAUUCUUUUGCAGUUUGUUUAAGAGUAUAAACUUUGCUAAGUUUAGAAGAAAUAACGAAUCUUCUCAUUAACUCGUACCAAUAAGGAAAAUACUUUUUGUCUGAACCUGUAUCAGGCCACAUCUUGUCUCCUCUCCGUUAAUUUACAAUUAAUAAGGUACAUACCUCAAUGUGAGUCUCGUCGCAAUUGAUUAUGACGUUGAAAAAUAAUUCACCUGUUGUGGAAAACGCUGCGGCAGAAUAUAAGGGAUUUUUGCAUUUGAACUUGAUGCACUAAGACAAGAGAUGUGAAACUUGGCUAAGAAGUAAAAAGCCGGCAAGAAGAUGAACCGUUACGGUAAACAGUGCACGAUGGAUACCUAAAUGGGUCCUAGUCCGGGAAUCCCGUUAAACAAUCCAAAAAUUUUGCUAUAAAAUCUGUUCAGUAACGAAAGCAUCGCUGAUAAAAUUAAUUUUACUAGCCAAGUGGACGAGGUCUUUUAAAGAAUGAGUGAACGUUUGACGAGUUGUAAACGUUAGGAAUGAAAAUGUAGGAAAGCGAAACAACAACAACAAAAUGAGGACGACCUGUGGAGAAAUUGCAUUACUAUAAUCAAACUCUGACCAAUGGUCGAGAAUUAUUUGAAUACAUGUCUCACAGUUACCCUAGGAAACCAAAGAACAGUGUAUGGACAUCUUCGCAAUAGACUUUUUAAAGGACUUUUGUUACGCCAAAUUUAUUUCCAAAACUUUACUGCUCAGAAAUAGCCUGCGUGGCAGGCGCAAAAGGGGGAGGGGGAGGGGAGAGGGAGAAAGGGAAAAGGGAAGGGAGCGCCUGCUCUAAGAGCCUAUGUCUUUGCAUAACGCCUACCAAUUUUCUAGUAAUCCGAUUACGCUUACUGUCAAUCAAGUGUCGCUACACUAGCCAUUGCAGAAAAACAUUACACUCACGGACUAAAGAAAAUCGCUUAGUUAUUCAGAUCCAGAAGGCACUUUGGAGAAAAUUGGAACCCUUAUUCAGCCGUAAUAAAAAAAAGCUUUACGCUUCAAAAGAGGUCAAAGAAAUUGCGCUUGCAUCAGAGGGCAAAUCCUGCCGACUUGAAAAAAUAACUACAGUCAAUCGAUAUGUAUGUCAUGACCUCUCAGUGUGAAACGUGCGGCUAAAAUAACAUUUGCUCAGUAUAAAUGCAGAACCUUCCAGAGCAUAAUCUACCCAGCAGAUAAAAACAACUUUAUUGGAAUAAGCAGCAUUUUGGCAUGAGGUAAAACCACCCUCUUUUAUUGCUAAGUUACAUCGGCGAAUGUCAUCGUUCGAUAAAUUGGCUAAAUCUUUCGCUGGGUAGCCCAACAAUUCCAUCUCCUGCAACUGGUCUUCGAUAAUACUUUUCAGUGGCGAAAUGACGAGAAUCGCCGCAUUACCAUUCAGCUCGUAGUUCUUCGCGCGUACAAACAUUUGGUAAAUUAAACUCUUGCCGUAUCCGGUCCGCAAAACCGCCAGAACAUCUCUGUCGGCUAAAAGAGCCCUUACUGCUGAUUCUUGCUCUGGCUAAAACAGUUUCUCUACCACUAGAUAAAUUCACAUCUCUCAAAGCACUCUCUACGACAUCCACGUCUACCGCUGCCAUCUCGACUGUUUGUUGAUUUAUGAAACGCGCAUUUCAAUAUGUUACUCAUUACGGCUCAGCCAAUCAGGAAUUUGCGGACGCCAGCGUCCGCAGAUAUGAACAAAAGGGGGUUCUUAGAGCAGGCGUCCCCUCCCCAUCUCCCCAUUCCCCCUCCCCUUUUUCCCUUCCUCCCUAUCCCCUACCCCCUACCCCUUUCGACGCCUGCUACGCAGGCUAGCUCAGAAAUUACGUCCAAGAGCAACCACACCCCACUGGGGCCACAAAAAUAAAACUGCUACACUCAUUUAGGAGAGGUGAACUCAGAUUUUUUUCUUCCGAUUCACCGGUCAGUCACUGACUGAAAAAAUAUGUUAACUACUUUUUUUUUCUUCCCCGUCGGCUCCUGAUUAAUUAACGACGGUUUUUUCCCCCCGAAACGCCUGUCACGGGAGUAAAUGUUUCAUUUUCUUGCGUGAACUUUUUAGUUUCUAGAAAUUGUCAAAUUACUUAAAAUAUGCAUAUGCAAACGGAUAAGAUAAACCAUCAUUUAAUUAACUGAUAUGUUCAUAUUGCAACAGUUUAUCAUUUCCAUAACCUGAGCAGUACAACCGAACAGGUUGUCGAAACGUCAGUCACUGUCAACGACAGUCCUAUUCAGCGCUGCGUUCACCCGGACGAUCAAACUCAACCUACUAAUGUAGUGACUCCGAUCCUGGGUUCAAACUUUCACAAAGUAUAAGUCUGUUAGUCUAAUAAAUAAAUCGUCUUGCCGUUCUGAGAGUUCUCAUCACUUCACACUAUCGAAGCAAGUCCCUCAUACUACUUAUCACUGGAACAGAACUCGCAGCUCCAACCUGCUGGACCUAAAUUUCCCACAGAACAAGUUUCAAACGAUCUAAAUUUCUUUAACACGCCUGUGUCACUGAAUGAAAAACUCACCAGGCUAACAAUGACUAUCACAUUUCUACCAUUGCGCAUGAGCACAUAUCGAUAUUCCAGUCCUAACAGUAAGCAGGAUGUUUUUUGCAUGAGGUUCUAAAUUCAAUGACCUUUAGUUAGUUCCCACGAGCCUCCUGUACGAGCUAAGUGGUAGAGCAUUUGGACUAGUAACCAGAAGGAAAUAGGUUUGACUUCUGUUGUGAGAACUCGGAUUUUUUUCUUCCGAGCCGCCCGUCUGUAACAUAGACAUAGACUUACAAUAGACGUGUACAGGAGCUCAUGACGUCUAUCAUCAAAUUUUAACAUAGGUUGCAAGCUCUCAGUACAUAUUGGUUAUCCUGACUGGUGCGGACGGGUGGAAGGGCGGACGGACGUACUGAAAUGUGACUACCACAGUUUCUCGGAUGCGUAGAUAACCAAAUUUUCUUACCCAUGGUGCUCGGCUAUAAUUUUUAAUCACGUUUACAUGACUGGAAAUCGGGUGAAGUCAAACUUCUUUAAUUUGAAUAUAAAAGACAGUUGAAUAACCGAGAAGAAAUUUCAGGCAGAAGUUUAUUACUUCCCACCAACAGGGAAAACAUCAGGGAAAAGAAGUGGUGAUGAUUCGUUUCUCUGACGUAGCAGAAAGAAACUUCAACCCCCGGGAGGGGGGAGGGGCACUUGAGUAUUUUUUGGGUGGGUAUGUGCCGCCCGGGACUCCAAAUUGGCACCCCGUUCGAAAAAAAAAUUCCCCCUAAAAUUGAUACCCCGUUCUAGAAAUGGGCCUAUUUAUCCAAGAUGGCGCAGUCAGCGCUCGCGGCUCGCGCCAAAAUAUGCCCGCCCUGCACGCUAAAACACUGGGUGCAACAACAGUACAACAGUUUUCUUGUUAACGCAUUGAACCGUAUUCUUAAAAGCAAUCUGUCCUUGAAUAAUUUCAAAUGGCUGCUUACAAAACUGGAGCUUUCGUGCGUUCGAAAUAUUAUACCCCGUUCUAGAAAACGCCUCUGAAAUGGAUACUCCGUUCUAAAUCAGGAGCUUCAAAAUCACGACCCCGUUGGGCAGCACAUACCGGUAUAGGUAAUGUAUGGGAGUACCCCCCGGGCUUCAACCACUGAAUUCUUGAAAACACUCUCAUCGUUUCAGAUUGGCAUAACUCAAGACCAUUAUAUUGACCGCAAGUCCAAAAGCAGCUUCAAAAACGAAUGUCAUGUCUAGAUUCUUCACAGUUGAGGAGAAGCAAAAACAAACAAUAACUUCUUUUCAUCCUGUUGCUACGUCGAUCAGGAAAUUCAAAACUAUGCCCCGUCUAAUAGCUACAGUUCGAUUUUCUGCCUUGUUUGAAGCAUGAUCUUUAUAUAUUUCGUGCUUUAAUAGUAAAGAGAGUAACGGAAAAUCCUGGUCGAGCCACCUUAACGUCCUCCAUAAGGCGAUGCAUUAACAAAUUUCACUUUUUAGUACAUUUUCAGGAAAUGUACGUGGUCUCGCGCCCCAAUUUCCCUUUCCUUUCGUGCACCUUCCACGCAGGCUAAACCAAAAAGUAUGUUGCACGUGUUGCGUUGCUGUUUUGCUUGGGACCUUUGUUGCCGCUGUUUCCGGCUAAGCCGAGAGCGGAACUGAUCUGGAUGAUCUGGGUACGACGACGUAAGGUGUAAAAUGCGCUGCGAUGCAAAACUGAAGCGUAAACAAACAUGGGGGCAGAUGUCUAACGACGAUCUGCAAAGCGUGAAUGUGUAUGAUUUUCGCUUUGUGAGGAGUAAUUGCUGGAGGAACUAGAGAGCAGUUCCCAACUGUAAGCGUUUUCCAGUAGUUAUGGGAAAAACGUGCGAUCCUGCAGAAUUCAUAUAGCAACGCGUAAAAUUAUGCCGAGCGGAAUCACUAGCCUAUGCAGCAGUCGUUUUGUAGCUUACGGAACCACUUAAAAUACUGCCUGAUCGCACAAACCGUGUCGUUACCCAGACCAAAGAAACACACUCAAAAAAUGUACUUUCUAUACGCUAAGGUUUAACCUUACCACAGAGCCACGGGCAUCGGCGACAAAAACUUCGGUUGUGUGGUAAAAAGCUGGGGUUUGUUGACCUUCAUCAUACAUUCAAGAUCAAUUGAGAUUGCAGAUCUCCGUCGAAGUGUGUCCAUCGAUAAAGUCCUUGAAAGACGAAUGUUUACGGUCACAGACUGAAUGAAAGAGAGUUUAAUACCUUGCUGGUCUAUUAUGCUUAAAGAAGAGAUUAUCUCGUAAGCUGUUUUCACUUUGUUACAGCCGUUUCAAUCGCCCCCAUCACCGAAUCAGUCAACAUUAAAAACAUUUUUAAUUCAUGCAAACACGUCCACGGUCUCUAGAAACCAAAACGAACCCUUCCAUCAGUUUGACUGCUUGAGGUUUUAAACGAAAAUACCGCCGGACAAAGAAAAUCAGAUAAUCCAAAAUUGCUUUGGUAAGCUAUUCUAAUUCCUGUUCGUGCCUGAUCACAUGAAAACAACAAAAAACAAAAAAGAAAUUAAGCGCGUGAUGUGACGUCACGCUCUUAUAGAGCGUGACCCCGAGACUUGAUAUCUAUAAAUUAAAAUUACAAUAGGUUAUGAUUAUGCAUAUUCGUGAUGUUGCGUCUAGGUUAAAGAAAGAUUUCGUAUAUGCUACGUGCCUAAAACUGCUUACCAAUCAUGCUAUCAAUUCUAUUUUGAAGAGGGGGCCA